GCACAUCAUGUGAGAUAUGCAAGUUCUGUGGGAAACUCCGGAGCGUGUUCGGUGUAGGCAGCAAAACUUUUUCUCGGAGGACGACACCGAAGGACGGGGAGCGGAGAGCAGCCGCCGCUGCUGCURCUCCGGAGCGGGACGGUUCGUGUCCGAAUGACCGCCCGCUUUUUACAGCUUUUUUCCCCCCUGAGGAGUUUUUGUUGUUGUUGCUAGCAGCGUGGCAGCGGCUCGAGGCUUGUUUUGGUUGCAUUUAGGARAAGAAGAAGGCGGCUCGCUGCCCUUUAAACCCCUCCGCCUCGGCGGCUCUUCCGGAGGGAUUCGAGCGGACAGAGGGAGCGAGGACGCCCGGGUGGAGGUGGAGGCGGAGGCGCUGAGCUCGACCUGACUUGGGAGAAAAAGUUCCUCCAAAAUAGCAGCCACGAGUCGCCGCGGUGAUGGGGGACUUCGCCUCCCCCGCCGUCGGACCCAGCGGCAGUCUCUGCAUCAACAGCGGCAUGAACCCGGSCAGCGGAGCCGUGGUGCCCGCCGGAGUCGUGGGCAUACCUAAGCACAGCACCGUGGUGGAGCGGCUGAGGCAGCGGAUAGAGGGCUGCCGGAGGCACCACAACAUCUGCGAGACCAGGUACCAGCAAGCCCACUACGAGCAGCUGGAGCUCGACCGGAGGGAGACCGUCCACCUGUACCAGCGGACCCUGGAGCAAAGGGCCAAGAAGUCCGGCGGCGGAGGCAGCAAGCAGCCGCAGAGCAAGCAGCAGGACCCGGACUCUGCGUCCUCCACGGAGCAGAAAAACAACGCGCGCAUAGUGCUCCAGGAGAGUGUGAAGAGGAAGCUGGACAACGCUCGGUCGCCCCUGAAUGGAGACCAGAACGGCAUCUGYGACAGACGCAGCUACUCACCGACUCCCAAGCGGGUUCUGAAAGAGAGCUCGGUUUUGGACUCUCUAACAGGCCUCCCUAAGAACAAUAACAGUCUACCGCCCAUCUCUCCGCUGCAUCACCAAAUGGACAUUAAGCCCCUACUUGAUGGGCCCAACACCUCCAGCGCAAACAACACUACAAACAGCAACGGCACCCACACGGGUCGAGCGUCGGACGAGCUGGGGAAGAGCGACGGCAUCCAUCACCCGGACGUGAACCUGAACUCUUCUCUGGACUUGGAGGACAGUCUCGGCCUCCUCAAGGACCUAAAACAGGAGCCGCUGGACGACGGGGGUGGCAUCGAGUCCACCGAUCCCCAGUCCCUCUCCAAUCAGAACAAACUGUUCUCGGACAUCAACCUCAACGACCAGGAGUGGCAGGAGCUGAUCGACGAGCUGGCCAACACRGUGCCCGAGGACGACAUGCACGACCUCUUCAACGAGGACUUCGAGGACAAGAAGGAGGUGGAGUUUGGCAGGCCGGCCAACAAUCAGACRCCAGGUCCGCAGGACGCGGUGGGGACUACGACCACGCCCGGAGGAGGGGCRGCGCCCACCACUCCUCUGCCUCCGCCUCCUCCUCAGCCUCCACAGGGAGGCCCGCAGGUUCCCAUUGGGUCACCGCAGGUUCGACCUUCAUCCUCCGGCCCUCAGUUUGCAACCACUGCCAACGGAACCCCCCCUCAGCAGCCCCUGCAGCAGUCUCCAGCCGUGGCCAUGCCAUCAGGUUCCCCGCUACACAACUGUGUCGCCCGGUCUCCUCAGACCCCGACCCAGGCCCAGACGCAAGCCGUCUCCAGGCCUGGGAACGGAUACAUGAUGAACCCGGGCGGUCCGGUGGGUCAGACGGGGACGGGAGGGGGCGGAGGGGYGGGUGGCGGCGGCCCCGGGGGGCAGCCUUUAGGUCCAGUCACACCCGAACUUUCUAAAGCGGAGCAGCUCAAGGCGAUGGCCCAGCACCACGCUCACGCUAAAAUGUUGCAGCAGAAGCAGCAGAAACAAGCAGCUAACUGGUCCCCUGCAGGGGCCCCAACAAGCCCCUACAACUCCGGUCCCUUUAACCAAGACAAACCCAACAGCCCGAUGAUGUACCCGCCGCAAGCCUUUAACACGCCGCAGGCCCCCAUGAACAACUACCUCCCUCACAACCACAUCGGCAUGAUGGGCCAGCAGCAGCCAAACAGCAUAAGCCAGAACGCCAUGUCCAAACAGCAGCAGCAGACCGCCACCAUGCUGUCGUACAACAACACCAAACCGCUGAGUCACUUCAGUGGCGGCGGCGUGGACCACAUGAGUCAGAGGAUGACUCCGCCCAUGGGAGGGAACGGUCAGGUCAAGAACCCCAUGAUGACGCCCUUUAUGGGUGGCGCAGGAGGUGGCGGGCAGGGAGCCGGGCCGGGACAGACGGGGGGGCCCAUCCCAGGACAGACAGCCCACCUGGGGGAAGAACAAAAGAGGAUGUUGAUGAUGAAGCAGAAAGUGUUGAACCAGAACCUACCCUACGGCGCCAUGCAGUCCCACGGACAGGAACAAGGUGUGGUGGGAAUGUCGCGGCCACCCGGAGCCAUACCCCCUCCUCACCCGGCGGGGGGCGUCGCCUCCGGGGUGGGGCCCAACCAGGGGUCGGGUCCACCUUCGAACUACCCCGGCAACCAGCAGCAGGUGAUGAUGAAGCACAUAAUGGUGAUGGAGAAGAGGAUGCAGAUGAUGGAGCAGCACAAACAGCAGAUCUUACGGGAGCAGAGGCAGCAGCAGCAGCAGCAGCUCCUGGUCGAGCAGCUUCAGCAGCAGCAGCAUCUCCCGAGACAGAUGGGCCAAGGCCAGAGGAAUCCAUAUCCCCAAGUCAAUCAGUACCAAGGUCCUCCCCAGGAUCUGGCGUCCAGGAGUCAGUCUCUCCAAAGCAUUCGGACCUCUCGCCUCCUCCAGCAGCAGCAGCAGCAGCAGAUGGUCCAGAUGAAUUCUGUUCAGGGCCAAGGAGGCUCUGUGGGACCCCAGACCGACAUGGGACUACCGUAUGGUGCCCAGGGGUCCAACCAGGGUUCCCUGUACGGACUCAGCUCCAUGAGCCAGAUGAUCCACCAGCAGCAGAACCAAAGCGUCCAAGCCUCAAUGGGUCUUCCACCGCAGCACAACCCCUCCGGAGGGCCGCCCCGGCAGGCAGGUGCAGGUCCCGGUCCUGGUCUGGGAGGCAUGCCUGGGGGCCCCGGGAGCGGUGCAGCCGGCGGGUAUGGAGGACAGGGCAUGAUGAUSAACUCCAUGACCCAGCAGCCCCUCAAAGGCCCCCCGACUGCUAAAGCCCAGACCCAGAGACUGCAGAGCAUGCUGGGAGCUGGAGGCGGCAGCGGGGSGAUGGCGGCGGGUGGCUGGCCACAGCAGCAGGGACAGAGUCUGCAGGCCAUGGGAGGAGGAGUGGGAAGGACUACAGGAGGAGGUGGGGGGGACAUGGUGGGCUUCAGUUCCUCCCAGGGUUACGGGAUGCAGCCGGGUCAGCCCCCGCGCAUGGCCAAGCAACACUUUCCAGGAGCCGGGCAGGCGAGUCAGGGCRUGGACCCUAGGGUGGGCAACCCCGCUGCAGGCAUGGGCAGCCCCAUGAUUGGCCCUCACAUGGGGGGUCAACCCAGGACCAACCAGCCCCGACCCAUGGUCUUGAGCCAGGGGAUGAACCAGGGGAUGAUGGGUCAGGGGAUGUCUGGGAUGGGGGGUUUCGGUCCGGGCCCUGGAGGCCCAGGAAUAGGGGCAGGAGGAGGUGGAGGUGGUGGACCCUACGGACCAGCGGGAGUUGGCGGUCAGCCUCAGGGCUACCAAAGGACAGCCAAUCAGGACAUGUCUUCUUAUGGAUACGGGGGCGGGCCCUCAGGCGGGGGAGCGUUCGGGUUGGGCGACGGCUCGGGGGCGGAGCUGGACUCGAGCGACGGUUGGAUGGACGAACUUUUCCAGAACCAAUAGCCAACGGGGAAACUUUCCCCAAACAGAACUGAACCUUGUAGUCGGACAAACCCUGAAAAAAAAAAAGAAAACAAAAAGGAUGAGAAGAGAAGAAGAGGCAUGUUUUGUUUUGUAAAACAUGAGAAAGGUUAUAAAUGAGUUCCUGUGUUCUUA